AUGUUCAAGAGAUUAGGUCUUUUUAGUGAGCGAAAUUUCGUUAGAUUCAGCUCUUCUGAGGCUAAAAACCUGUCCAAAACUUCAGCAGCCUCUAAACCUGAAGAUGCGUUGCCCAUUAACGUGACAGCGAUUUAUCACGCACCACUGAAAAUACCUAUCAAGCAUGGAGAUCUUAUCGCAGAUUUGCAAUUGCGAUCCUACGAUAACGAGAACCUAGAUUUUUUUUCAGAUUUCAUCUUGAGAGCAGGAUUUUACCUUGGAAUGCCAAUGACGGGCCCCAAACCUUUACCCACAAGACGAGAGAGGUGGACUGUGAUACGGUCGCCAUUUGCACAGGCGAAGUCGAAAGAAAAUUUCGAAAGGCACACUCACAAGCGUUUGAUUCGCGUGUGGGAUACGAACCCUGAGGUCGUGGAACUUUGGCUCAGUUAUAUUACAAAACAUGCUAUUCCAGGUGUCGGUAUGAAGUGCAACUUGUUUCAAAAAGAGGGUAUUCGGUUGUGUCAGGAUAUCAAACCUAGUGGGUUAUUGAGCAAACCUUCCGAGUCACUUUCCGUCGAUGAAGCUGUGGGGCAAAAAGUGCUAGAACUUCUCGACGACGAGGCGUUCAGGAAGCAUUUGUGA